GCGUUUGAAGGGAGCGCGCCUCCGUCACAUUUUUUUAUUUGGAGCCACGAAGUGUUCAGAGUUCAUUCACGACCAGACGGAGCUCGGUGCGCGCGCGCUGCACGGAAAAACCCCCGAACUACAAACAUCAAACACGCGCUCGCAACUCCAGCCUCGCGACCCGACUCUGGAUUUACACCAAGGAGCAAAAACGUUCUUCAUUACCGACAGGAUUCGUGUUCGGUCCUUUUUUAUUUAUUUUGUUUUUUAUUCUUGUUGCUGUUGUUUUAAGUCACGUUGACGGCUCAGUGCACGAUGCGGAGAAGAUAAAGGAGGAACCAAUUCUUUAUUUUUGAUCACUUGGAACGUGAUGAUCAAGUCGAUCGCGUUUCGGGGAUCACGAGACUUGUGCGCCAGCGACCGUGUGUGCGGUCCGAUCCUCCAUGGGAAGCAGUGAUAGCGCGCGAGAGCGGAGAUGAGAGCCGCGCUCUGCUGCCUCCUCGCGUGCUGCUGCUGCUGCUGCUGCUUCUCCGUGCCGCACGCCGCCGCCGCCGCCGCAACCGGGGAGGCGUUGAUUCCUCAAGAACUAAUCGAGAGACUGUCCAAAAGUGAGAUCCGCACCAUGAGUGACCUCCAGCGGCUUCUGGAGUUACACUCUGCAGAGAAUGAGGUGGUACAGGAGGCUAAAUGGCGCUACAGUAAAGAACAUCUCGACCACAACGCCAACCUCAAGAGUUUACACACACGCCCAAGACACAAGAGGAGCAUUGAGGACGCAGUCCCGGCCGCAUGCAAGACUCGGACAGAGGUGUACGAGAUCCCACGUUCUCAGGUCGACCCUACAGCGGCAAACUUCCUCAUCUGGCCACCAUGCGUAGAGGUGAUGCGGUGCUCAGGCUGCUGCAACACCAACACCAUGCGCUGCCAUGCUUCCAAAAAACAACAUCGGAACGUCAAGACACUCGCAGCUGCAUGGUGCUCAUUUUACCAGCACAUAAAGAAACUCUCCUACACCCACUGCUCCUUGCCUUAUCCGCAAGCUCGUUCUGUGGUGAAGGUAGCUAAGAUCGAGUAUGUGCGUCGCAAACCAAAGCUGCGGGAGGUGCAGGUGCAACUGGAGGAUCAUCUGGAGUGUGUGUGCAUGUCCAAACACCACACAGAGUCCCGCUUACACACAGGCCACUCUAGUGUGAGAGCUAAAAAGAGGAAAAGGACACAGGCAAAAAAGUCAGAAAAAACGUACACGCUCGGUUCUUAACAUAACGCUGCCACCGGACUGACUUGGCAGAUGUACGGUGAAUCUGACUGGAUCAUGUUGCGGAGUGUGUGGUGAUGCGGUGAUGAAGAAAGGCCAGCCAUCUUGUCCAAUCAAAAAUCUUUGCUUCCAUCUGACAUCAUCGAACAAGAAGGCAGCCCCAAGCAAACAAUCACCGCCAUCCACUCACCUGGUCUGGAUUAAGCUAAACAGACCGUCGCCGAACUUUUCAGACUUUUAGACUGGACGUCUCUUGGACUUUAUUUUGAAGAAAAGGAAGAAAGAAGUUAGACACAAAGGAAAUUUGCCUCAUGGAUGGGAAAUUAUAAAGACUGCAUAUUUUCCUGCGUGGUGCUUCAGCGUGGAGUCUGAACGCUCAUACCAAACGGUCCCAGCUUGGAUCUCGGAUCUAGCAUAUAAUGGACAGACACAAUUAUUCACUUCUAUAGCAAGAUUCCUUUCUUCCAGCAAACACUUUUUUCAGUAUACACUCUUAUUUUUGUAGCCCCAUUUUCUAUCGAGACUCAUUUGCUGUAUGUACAGUAGUAGAAAAAAAACAGCCUUCAGUAAUAGCCUUUAAUAAACUAUUUAUAAGUGCA